ACCCCAUCGCCUGCCUUUUCAAAGAACACCUUGUUCAUCUGUGCCUCCCACUUUCUUUUACCAUUUCAAACUCUUGUUCUUCUCUUUCAUAUGAUAUACCCUCAAAUCUCCUCCAACACCCAGAUUUGUUCUUCUCUUCUCCAAUUUGUUUCAUCCAAAAGAAUACAUCUUUCGUUUUCUUACAGCUACCCCAAAUUUAUUCCACUACCAUUUCCUUAAGAAUACACUCUGGUUCAAUUUUCGAAUGGCUACGACAUUUUUCCAUGAAACUCUCUCCUUUGGAGGCUCCAGCCAUGGUCAGGGCCAACAAAUCCUGCCAUUUAAGACCAGUACAGAGUCCUUGCGAUUGUUGCUCUUACAUGGGAAUUUAGAUAUUUGGGUCAAGGAGGCCAAAAACCUUCCUAACAUGGAUAUGUUCCACAAAAAGUUAGGUGAUAUGUUUGGAAAGUUCAACAUAAAAGUUAGUAGCAAAAUCGAAAGCCAUAUGCCUCAUAAGAUAACCAGUGAUCCUUACGUUACAAUCUCUGUGGCGGGUGCUGUAAUUGGGAGGACUUUUGUUAUUAGUAAUUCCGAGAAUCCGGUUUGGAUGCAACACUUUAACGUCCCCGUUGCACAUUAUGCCUCUGAAGUCCACUUUGUUGUCAAAGACAGUGAUGUUGUUGGCUCACAGAUCAUGGGAGCUGUCGGUCUUCCGAUAGAACAGCUAUGCUCAGGCACAAAAAUUGAAGGAACCUUCCCUAUCCUUAAUGACAAUGGGAAGCCUUGUAAACCCGGAGCUGUUUUGACAUUAUCUAUUCAGUACAUCCCAAUCCAGCAAGUGGCUAUUUACCAUAGAGGAUUAGGUUCAGGUCCUGACUAUCAUGGUGUCCCUGGUACAUACUUCCCUCUUAGAAAAGGAUGCAAAGUUACUCUAUAUCAAGAUGCUCAUGUCCAUGAUGGUUUCCUUCCCAAUUUGAAGGUUAAUGGCAAUGUUCGAUAUGAGCACGGGAGUUGCUGGCAGGACAUCUGUAAUGCUAUUGGACAGGCCCGUCGUUUGAUAUACAUUGCAGGAUGGUCUGUGUUUCAUAAUAUCAGACUUGUUCGUGAAAUCAACAUGGCAUCCAAUACAACGCUAGGCGAUCUUCUUAAACUUAAAUCACAGGAAGGUGUGCGGGUGCUGCUUCUUGUAUGGGAUGAUCCUACUUCUAGGAGCAUUUUAGGAUGUAAAACGGAUGGACUCAUGGAUACAAAUGAUGAAGAGACUCGCCGUUUUUUCAAGCACUCUUCGGUGCAAGUAUUACUUUGCCCUCGAUCUGCUGGAAGAGGAAGCUGGGUAAAAAAGCAGGAAACUGGAACAAUCUAUACCCAUCAUCAGAAAACUGUAAUUGUUGAUGCUGAUGCUGGUAACGACAAAAGAAAGAUUACAGCAUUUAUUGGUGGUCUUGAUUUGUGCAAGGGUCGGUACGAUAAUCCAAACCAUCCACUCUUCAGAACACUGCAAACAGUGCACAAAGAUGACUAUCACAACGCUUGCUUAACGGAACCAAAAGCUGGUUGUCCAAGAGAACCUUGGCAUGAUAUGCAUUGUCGAAUUGACGGCCCCGCUGCUUAUGACAUACUGACCAACUUCGAGGAGCGUUGGUUAAAGGCUUCUAAACCUCACGGGCUUCAAAAACUAAAGACUUCAGUUGACGAUGCAUUACUAAAGCUUGAAAGGAUUGCUGAAAUUGUUCCGAUGACAGAAAUCCCUUAUUUGAGCAAAGACGAUCCUGAAACUUGGCAUGUUCAGGUUUUCCGUUCAAUCGAUUCCAACUCUGUGAAGGGUUUUCCAGAUGAUCCAAAAGAUGCUAUAAAAAUGAACUUGGUGUGUGGGAAGAAUAUUCUUAUAGACAUGAGCAUACACACAGCAUAUGUGAAUGCAAUCCGUUCUGCUCAACGCUUCAUCUACAUCGAGAAUCAGUACUUUCUUGGAUCAUCAUAUAAUUGGGAUGCACAUAAAGAUUUAGGUGCAAACAAUUUAAUUCCAAUGGAAAUUGCUCUGAAAAUUGCUAACAAAAUCAGAUCAAAUGAGAGGUUUUCUGUUUAUAUUCUCAUCCCGAUGUGGCCAGAAGGAGUUACAACCAGCGCUCCUAUCCAAAGGAUUCUCUUUUGGCAGCAUAAAACGAUGCAAAUGAUGUAUGACAUUAUUUACAAGGCAUUGGUGGAAACUGGACUUGAGAACAGAUAUGAGCCUCAAGAUUUUCUGAAUUUCUUUUGUCUUGGUAACCGAGAGGCCGUAGGCAGAGAAAACUCUACAAAUGCUAGAGAUCCCACUGCAUCGGAUACACCUCAGGCACUUGCAAAGAAGAGCCGGCGCUUUAUGAUUUACAUCCAUUCUAAAGGUAUGAUAGUCGAUGACGAGUAUGUCAUAAUAGGAUCUGCUAACAUUAACCAGCGCUCAAUGGAAGGCACCAGAGACACUGAAAUAGCGAUGGGUGCUUAUCAGCCUCGCCAUACCGGCUCAAGCAAACGAUACAAUCCAUGUGGGCAAGUUUAUGGAUAUAGGAUGUCACUAUGGGCAGAGCAUAUUGGAGCUCUUGAGGAGAGUUUCGAGCGACCGGAGAGUCUAGAUUGCAUAAGACGGGUGCGGUCUUUGGGUGAGCAAAACUGGAAACAAUACAUAGCUGAUGAAGUGACAGAACUGAAGGGUCACCUACUCAAGUAUCCGGUCGAAGUCGAUCGGAUGGGCAAAGUAAAGGCACUUCCUGGCUGUGAAACAUUCCCAGAUGUGGGUGGAAAAAUUGUGGGUUCAUUUACUGCCAUUCAAGAAAAUCUCACAAUCUAAAUCUACUUAUCAAAUAUAUACGGUUAUUG